AUGCCGACACUCGACAUCAGUGAGCUCAAUAUCGUUCUGGGCGUCCUAGGCUCAUUUAUCAUUCUCUAUGGCGUCAUCUCUGUUAAGAUCAAGCAAGCGUGGUACCUGGGAGAAGCUCUGCCUGCCGUGGCCCUUGGAGUCAUUCUAGGCCCUAUAGCAGCAAGAUUUCUCGACAGCGAGCGAUGGGGGUCUGCGGAAAGUGGGCAGACUAAUGCAAUCACGCUGGGUGUGACUCGCGUCAUGAUCGGUGUGCAGCUUGUCAUUGCGGGAUACCAGCUGCCCGCCAAGUACAACUGGGUGCGGUGGAAGGAGAUGGCGCUCUGUCUGCUGCCCAUCAUGACCAUCAUGUGGCUGUGCACCACCCUCUGUAUACUGGCCAGCGUGCCCAAGGUGACGCUGCUGGCCGCCCUCGUCAUCGGCUCUUGCGUCACCUGCACCGACCCGAUCCUGUCGCAGGCAAUUGCCAAGGGGCCGUUUGCGGACAAGUACGUGGCCAGACCGCUGCGCGAAAUCAUUUCCUCCGAGGCGGGCGCAAACGACGGCUUUGGCUUCCCGUUUCUGCUCCUGGCCGUGUAUCUGAUCCGCCACGCGGACAGUUCUGGCGUUGGGACGAAGGAAGCGGCGACGGGCGCCGUUGCGGAAGCUAGCGGCGAGGCAGUCAAGAUGAUUCUCGCUCGCGCCGAGGAGGAGGUCGGCAGGCUGGGUGGUGGUGUCGGCGUGGCGAUGAAGAAUUGGCUUGUUGAGACUUGGCUCUACAUCGUUCUCCUCUCCAUCGCAUACGGCGCUGUUGUUGGCUUCGGCUCCUGUAAAGUCGUCAACAAGUGGAUCGACAGCGAGUCGUACCUCCUCUUCCCUGCCGCUCUCGGAUUCUUCCUAGUCGGCACAUGCGGGGCGAUUGGCACGGACGACUUGCUUGCCUGCUUCGUCGCUGGUAAUGCGCUAAACUGGGACGGCGAGUAUCUCGAGGAAACGGAGAAGCGCCAUGACGAGGUUAACUCUUGCAUCGAUGUCCUACUUAACUUUGGCGGCUUCAUGUACAUUGGCACCAUCAUACCAUGGUCUGACUUCAACGAUCCUGACGGCACUGGCCUCACGUAUGGCCGCCUCGUUCUUCUUGGCAUCCUGGUCAUACUAUUCCGGCGCAUCCCGGCCAUCCUAAUGACCUAUAAGCUCAUGCCGGCAGUCUGCACAAACUGGAAAGAAGCCUUGUUUAUGGGCUACUUUGGACCGAUUGGCGCCGGCGCCGUCUUCUACCUCGAGCACAGCAAGCACCUGUUUCCUAAACUCGGCGAAGGCGAUGAGGAAGAGACCAAUCUUGCCCGGGCUUCUGGGCCUGUUGUUUACUGGCUGGUUCUCUUCUCCAUUGUGGUGCACGGCUUGUCCAUCCCGGCGCUCAACCUAAUCUAUACGUACUUAGGCAUCAUACCCAUCAAAGAAGACUCGGUUGAGAUGCGUCGUAUGUCUAGGACAAUCGCGACACCAGUGAAUGCUGUCCCUGCCGACCAGGACACGUUCAUUGCGUACAACCGAUUCAGCCGCCCUAUUUUUAAUGCCUCACAGCUGCCUGUGGCACACGAUCCGCCUGCGAGAGAAAUGUAUACCAUGGGUGGCUACGCAGAUGAAAAGGACAAGGAGCGCCGUCGUACAAUUCGUUACGUUGAAUGA